AUGGCAGAAGAGCUCUCCGUGGCUAUGUCCUACACCAAAGAUGAUUUCUACUGUCCUUUCUGUCAAGAGGUGCUGAAGAUGCCUGUGUGGACCGUGGCCUGUCAGCACAUUUUUUGUAGAAAAUGUUUGCUGACUUCAAUGAGAGAAAGUGGGACACAUUGUCCCUUGUGUCAUGGAAAUGUGACUAGAAGAGAAGGAGCGUGUCCAGAAUGGGCCUUAGAUCUUGAAAGCAUCAUGCGGAAAUUUUCUAGUGGCUGCAGAUGUGGUGCAAAACAGAUUAAGUUUUAUCGCAUGAGACAUCAUUACAAACCUUGUAAGAACUAUCAGGAUGAGUAUGGUGUUUCUUCUGUCAUUCCACACUUUCAGAUUUCUCAAGAUUCUGAAGGGAACAGUAAUAGGAGUGAAACAUCCACAUCUGAUAAUACAGAGUCUUACCAAGGUAAUACAAGUUCUUCUGACCAUCCCACCUUUAAGUGUCCCUUGUGUCAAGAGUCUAAUUUUACCAGACAAUGCUUGCUGGAUCACUGUAAUAGUAACCACCCAUUUCAUGCAGUUCCUGUGAUAUGUCCUAUUUGUGUGUCUCUUCCUUGGGGAGAUCCUAGCUCAAUUACUAGAAAUUUCAUAAGUCAUCUAAAUCAAAGACAUCAGUUUGAUUAUGGAGAAUUUGUGAAUCUUCAGUUAGAUGAGGAAACCCAGUGUCAAACUGCUGCUGAAGAAUCUUUUCGAGUAAACAUCUGA